AUGGACCUAGGUACUAUCCCGGGUGGGAAUGGUGGCUAUGAACUUCACCAGAAACUUCGCACAAAGACAGUUCGUCUUAUGCGAAAAAAUAAGCACAAUGAAGCAGUAGAAACCCUACACAGUGGCGCGAUUCAGCUGCUAGACAUGAAUGAAGAAGGAAGCGCAUGCGACCUGGCUGAAUACCUUCUUGAGGUGUACAUGCAAGCUCAUGUUCCUAUGGAUAACACGUCACGCGAACGUAUCAACUCGAUUCUUGAAAAGACUAAGUCGCCUAUGUGGCGUCGUAAAACUGUCAUGGCCGCAAACAAAUGGGCAAUUUCAGCGACACAAAACCCUCUCGGUGACGAGAAACUUCGACUCUUCCUUGCUGAAUUAUUGGCUCGCGACAAGCAAUUCUAUGAAGCAGAAACUCAUUUUAUCGCGGCAUGUGCAUUGAACAAAGACAAUGCGUCUAAGUUUGCACAUAUGCUUCUUGAGUGGAAUUCAUCUUAUGCUGAAACUCUUACCGAAUCUGAUUCUGAUCAGCCCCCGAAGGACUCUGUAGAGCGAGUGCUCUCAGGUACCUUUGCCCUGCGUGGUUGGGUUCCACUGCUACUUGUUCAUGCUCCCGAGAGUGCAAGGGCGUUCAUCCAGGAUUAUGUGCAAAACGCAAUCAAGCUCCACCCGGCUUUGCUUCUUCCAGUCAAGCCUAAUCCUCGCGAAUACAGGUCACCAGCUAAAGUGUCGACAUAUUCGUCCGAAAUCUUCAUGACGGCCAGCCCUUCAUUAAACUUCUCCCAGAAUGCCGUUGCUUUGAUUUGCGAUGUCAAAAGCAAGUCUGGAAGUGUGCCGAAUGAAAUGAAGAGUGCAUGGCAAAUGCUUCUUCGUCAGUUUGUCCAGGAGGGCGGACUAGCCGGAAUGGAUUCAAUCGUCGAUGUAUGUGUUUUAAGCUUGUUCAAUUCUAACAUAAAACAGCUGUUGUCACAAAUUUCGGGCAUUUACUUUGGAUUGAGUCCCCCGCGUCGACAGACAGACAUGUUGUCUAGCAUGUUUUCGAGCAUGAUGGGUGGUGGUCAGAGUUCCUCCGAUGAACAGAGCCUCUCUAUCAAGCAAUUGGCACGUCCCGCAGUGCCUGAGUCGAAGAAGGCUGCACCUGCACCUCCCUCAGCGCCCCCAGCGAAUGAGGCUGAUCAGCUCGUAGACGAGGAAAUGGACUAG